GACGACAAGGCAACUGACAGGAAGUGGCGGAUGAAGUUCGUCCACACCUUUUCCGGUUUUUCAUUCGGCGCUUGAGAGGCGGGUGCCUGCUGGGGCGAACGUAGGACUAAAGUCUGUCAUAGAAUGGUGUUCCUCUACAGAGGGACGGCGGGAGGAAUUCACAAACAGGACGUUUGAAAUCGAUUCACGUCGACCCUGAUGACAGCUGCUGUGACAGGACAAAAAAAAUUAAGCUUCCUCGACGGGCAUUUUGAAAUCUUUUUCUACCUCUAACUGAGAGGAAACGGAAAAAAGAAGCCCCGAGCCGCGCUUUCACACGAUAAGAGGAAGUGGAAGAAGCAAAGCGAGGGCUGAUCAAGGCCUCAGCCGGAACUCCUGACAGCUCCAACGCUAUAUCGAAGGCUCUUUUAACGUCAUAAUCGCCCUAAAACGUGCGGAUUACUGCAGGUGUCACACCAGACGUCGUUUCUUUCUCAAUCUGAACACUGUUCCUGAAACGCGUGACUUUAUCCAAGGAGACCACACAACAUCAGAAGCACACCUUCCUGCUGCUAUAGCUGUGAUCAUUAUGAACUCUGAGAGAGAUUUGCAUCUUUUUAUUCAGUAGUUCCUGUCCUGCUUCUGAAUUCUAUAGUUCUAUAAUUACAGACUGAAGUUUCUUUAAACUUCUCUACCUUUAUAAAACACUCCUCUGGGAGUCCAUCAUAGUUCAUGCUGAUUGAUCAACUGGCAUGCUCACAAAGUAACUGGUCUUACUUGACAAAAUUUACCCAGCAACAAUUCUAUUACACGUUCAGGUAACACUGUUUUUCUUAGGGUGAAGGAAAUAUUUAUGAACUAUUUAAAAAAUGGGGAAAAUGCUGUCAAAGAUUUUUGGUAACAAGGAGAUGAGGAUAUUGAUGUUGGGCCUGGACGCAGCAGGAAAAACCACCAUCCUUUACAAACUGAAGCUGGGUCAAUCAGUGACCACGAUUCCUACGGUGGGCUUCAACGUGGAGACGGUGACCUACAAGAACGUCAAGUUCAACGUGUGGGAUGUGGGAGGCCAGGACAAGAUCCGCCCACUUUGGCGCCACUACUACACAGGCACGCAAGGCUUAAUCUUUGUGGUGGAUUGCGCAGACAGGGAUCGUAUCGAUGAGGCCCGACAGGAGCUGCACCGCAUCAUCAAUGACCGGGAGAUGCGGGACGCCAUUAUCCUGAUUUUUGCCAACAAGCAGGAUCUGCCAGAUGCCAUGAAGCCUCACGAGAUCCAGGAGAAGCUUGGACUCACACGCAUCAGAGACCGCAACUGGUACGUGCAGCCUUCAUGCGCCACCACAGGUGACGGACUGUAUGAAGGCUUGACAUGGCUCACCUCUAAUUACAAAUCUUAAUGACCGCUUGCUUUGGCCUGGACUAUUUUAGUUAAGAAGUUAAGAAGGAAAAAAAUACAAUGAAUAAACUUAACAACUGUUAUUUCAGUAUGCUCAAAAUGUUUGAAUUAUAUUUUUUCUGUUUUUCUUUUUUUUUUGUGAUUGUUAAGAUGACCCCUUAACUAAUAAUUUAUAAUUUUCAACGAGACUCAAAUUGGGUUUGCUUGCUUUGUAGUUUUCUGUUUUUCUUAAUUUCUUCCUUAAUUACCUUUUUUUUUUUUUUUAUGCAGAUUCAAAGUAUCUUUUCUCUAAACAAUGUAGGGCUCUCUGUCUCAGAUUCAUUUUUUCUUUUAGAUUUAAUUUUUGUUCAAAGCUUGUUCUUUUUGACCCCUUCAGUCUUUUGUCUGUGUUUUUGUAGUCUGUGUGGGGGGAAAAAAUGAAGGUCUGCCUCCUGCAAAUAAUCCAUGGAUAGGGUGUAAUAAGACAGGUUAUUAAUAAGUGAGAUGUUUCAGACCAUCUGUAACAAAGUUUUAUGACAAAGUUGUAACACGCUUAUUAGCCGAUUGUGCAAGAGGUUAAAUUUUACCAUUGUCCCGAUGUCACUGGCAUCACAAGAUAGUUAAACUGUAAAUGAAUCCAUGGAGCAUUUAUUAUAUGCAAGUCUAUAAUAUUUACCCCGGAAGGAGCACAUGACAUUCAUAAACUGUAAAAAAAAAAUAUAUAUAUAUAAUAAUCAACAUCUCACUGUCACAUGAUUCAAAAUUGAACCUUGGGGUUUGUUUAUUACCAUGUAGCCCAAAAAUCAAGUGAAGCAGCUGAAUUUUUUUUGUAUUCCAUUAAGUCUUUUUGUACCAUUUAGACUAAUUUCAGUCUAUCAGAAUGUCACUUGAAGUCAUAUGUCUUCAGAAUGUGGGAUUGUUACCAACAGUUCCAGCAUAGUGCUUGCAUCAGAGUGAAAUUGCUGUAUAAAUGGAGGAACUUUCACAUGACUCAUUUCGAAAACCAUUGUACAGAAACUAAUUGUAAUUGUAACAUCUAAUUAAACAUAGACAUUUUAAAGA